GUACGUGGCGCGCGACUUGGCGCAGUGUCUGUUCUGAAGAAAGAGGCUUUUGAAAAGUCCGAACUUUCAACUGAUAUUCAAGGUAGCCCAAAAUCAUCCGGCCUCCCUCUAAAUCUGCAACUCUGCUGUGCACCGAAUUGAAAAAAAUGGCGUAUGUAGAUCAUGCGUUUUCUAUAUCAGACGAGGACAUAAUGAUGGAGAGUUCGUACACGAUGAAUAAUCGGCCCCCCAUCAAAGAGAUCGCUUUGGCUGUUUCUCUUCUCGUUUUCGGAACUUUCGGGAUCGUUUGUGGAAUUUUCAUGUCUUACAACCGAGUUGGCGGUGACAGGGCCCACGGGCUGUUCUUUGCCAUUCUUGGAUCGAUCUUGUUUAUUCCGGGAUUUUAUUAUACAAGAAUUGCAUAUUAUGCUUACAAGGGAUACAAAGGAUUUUCUUUCGCCAAUAUACCCUCUGUCUAGUCUUAACCUUGAACUACUCCCUGUACAGAUCUUCAUCUCAUCCAACUUGUACUAUUUCUUCUUCCUCUACUUUAUGAAAGAUAUUAUUUUGUUUUUAUUAUUUUUCAAGUCAUAGCAUGUAUUUCGUCUGCAAAUGUGAUGAACAAUGGACUCUUUAUUCGGUUUCUCGUGCAAAUAUAGCUAUAACUAGUUUUCUUUA